AUUUUUUCGUUUCCCAAGGCCAAAAGAAGAAGAAGAAAAAACAUUUCCUAUUAAUUUUUUCAGUCGCGUCGGGAACAUGGCGUUGGCGAGGACAUUCUUUCUCUUAUCUUCCUUUACCAUACUGGCUCUUGCGUCCAACUGCAUUACUGGAUUGGAUUAUUGUGGCUACAAUUUGUUAGGGAUUGGAAACUAUCAGGCCCAGAUCAGCGAUGCGCUUCAGAAGGCAUCUCUAGACCCAACCAAUAAAGGUAUAGCAACCAACACACUCUUCCAUUGUGUUGGCGGAUACAAUGGCAACAUAGUAGUCAUCAAGUUCUGCGCAAACACGUGCGCAGAUGGCGGACCUGGUAAAAGUGAUUUUUGCGACGAAGCUUCCUCAUCGACCGCCUCGACUCCGACUUCCUCGCGUACGACCAGUACGACGUCUUCAACAGCGACACAAUCCACUACAGCGUCAUCCGCUGACUCGUCCGGCGCCUCUGCUACAAGUACGAAUCCUACAUCCUCAACAGAUACUAAAUCAUCUGGAAACACUCCUGUCGGCGCAAUUGCCGGUGGAGUAGUGGGUGGCGCGGCCGGUCUUGCGCUCAUAGGGUUGGGCCUGUUUUUAUUCUUCAAGAGAUCUCGACAGCGACAUAAAUCACUGGACCAGAGCAUGCCAGAGUUGAAACCAAUUCAAGAACAAUCAUCGAAGGGCUACACUGACGCUCAUCCAAUCCCACAAGACGGAUCAAUCCUCGAGGCUCCUGGAGAUGUGGCGAGAGAAAGAUAUGAACUAUCUGGGGCUCCCGUAAACACCACGGAGACCAGAUAUGAGCUUCUUUAGAAUAUAGGGCUACUAGUGUGACAUAAACUUGACUCAUUUACAGAUCAUUUUCCUCGACCUUCGCGACACAUGAGGAUAAUCUCCUUGACUGGUCACUAUACCAUAUGUAUGGCUUGGGCCUAGCUGGCACAAUCUAGUCCUACUGGUAUCUCUUACACGUUUGUGAUUGUCCCUACAGCCGAUAAAAUCCCGAAUACAGAGACUAUAAGCCCACGAGAGCGAUCUUAUUUACCGCGGAGUCGUUUGGCCUGCAUCCUGGCUUCCACCAGCCAUCUCGAUGCGGCAGACUCUUUACCUCAGUACAAUUCGGAAUUCAAGCGCAUGAAAUUAAUUAUAUUGUAUUAUGCAGGAUUUUCCAACAAUGCGCAUCCUACUCUUCUUCACCUACUAGGUAAUAACGCAUACUAUGGUUCGAAUCCCACCUUUUGUUACCUUGGGCGACGAGGAUCGUAUGUG